UCUUCUCGCCGUCUCAAUGAUCUAAACAUGCCAAUUGGAUUGGGAACUGUGUUCAAUGAAUGUUCUGAUGACUGUUUCCGGAAGGUUGACAUCGGACUCAAUUGGAAUUCAACGUCUUCAGAGCGCUUUGCUCCACUCCUGGCAGCUCCCAUCAAACUUGUCCAAAAUCUCCGGAGCAUUAUUAAACUUCUCCUUAGUUCUUGAUUAUCCCAACUCCUUUACACUCCUUAACGUCAAGGGCACGUUCGAACCGUCCCUCUCAUGGCGAGUGCUGGAGUUGUCCCCAGCAAUCAUCCCGCUUCGAAGCCUCCUUCUCAGACGUUAAGUGACAUUGGGAUUCUGCUGCCGACCGUUCAUCUGGGUUCGUUCAAGGAUCUAAAGGUUGAGCAGGCCCAAUCAUCCGGAAGCCGACGAGACAGUCGAACCAUGAGCUCUCGGUCCUCUGAGCCACGACGCUCACUUCGACAAAACGAACCAACCUCUUUUGGUGAACCUAUUCCAUCUAUCGCUCUCCAAGACAGGGCUAUGCACUCUCAGGGAAAUGAUAACACUCUGAGGGGGGACGAUCAACUGGCAAAUGGCAUUCCAAAAGAAUACGUUGUUCCAUCGUCUCCUAGACCUAGCCUGCAAAACAACUCCCCAAGGCUCUCCCAGCCACAACCCCCUGCCACCACCCUCUCGCCCCCUCCAGUCGACCCGGAGAAAGGCCUGUCUGAAAGCCCCAGGACCCUGUCGUCCGCGUUCGGCAACGUGCUUCGACCUGAGGAUACAUCUAACGCUCCGCAAAGGAGCAGCACUGUUAGCACAUCUAAUAAUGAUGACGACAAUACAUCACGCAACCGGCGUUCCGCCGAAACGAAAUUACGCAUAGUCAACGGGCCUUGGCGUAUUGAUCCAUCUUCGAAUGCUGAUCCGCACAACUUCAACACACCCAACCUUCCCCCCUCCCCACCUCUAAUCAAUGAACGUCCUAUUGGAAAUGCUGGAACUGCUCUCCAAAUAACAAAACCAUAUCCUCCCCCUUCUACGGCAAAUAUGUCGGCUAGCCGGGGUCAGGAACAACUAUUCACUGCACUAUAUUCAUCUCCGGCUAGCGCAAUACCACCCUCUUCCCCGAGAUAUUCCACAUUACCGCGGCAACUUGCAUCCCCCAAACUUACCUCCCUCGCUCGUCCGCAAUAUGCCCAGAAGGUUGUGGCACCAGAAGAGGUUUGCAUCGAAUGUAUGAUGCGGGAUCGCGAUAUGUCGGAUGUGGAUGUCACCAGUCCUGGCAUUUGGGAACGUGAGAGCGAUGUUUGGUAUGAAGAGCUAUGUAGGAAGGAGGAAGAAGAUGCCAGACUAGGGAUCUCCUCUUCCGGUAAGCGACGAGCCUACGGUGAUAUGUUGACAGAGGCAAACCUCCAGGUUUGGCUCACUAUGAAUCCAAAAGAACCUGCUGCGCGCUGGCAGACGCUUGAAAAAUUCAUUAAGAGCCAAGCGGAUUUACUUGCAGCCGAACUACAGGCCAGGGAGGAAAGCAAACACGAAUCCCAUGUUCGCAACUCUCGUCUGCAGGAUACAUAUUCUCAAUUGCGUCGCUCAACGCUUGCUGAGGGACCCUCAUCGCGAAAAAAGGAGUCCGUUGACGAGGGAGUCAGGCUGCGUGCCUCUGCGAGUCCUGAUGGGGUUGACGUUCGUGAAGUCACUCUACUACCGAAUGGACUAAUUGUUGAGCGUGUCGACAUUAAGCGUCAGGAAAGGGAAGAACGCGAACGACGCAAAGCCGAGGAACGUGCUGGGCGCAGGCGCACCCGCAAGACGAGCCGGACGUCGAUGGGAACAUUUAUGUCUGAUGCAUCAUCCAUCCAUUCACUCACCAACCCAUUGCAAGGUGUGAGUUACGGAAAUCGAUCACAAAUAUCGUUAUCCCCCACGACGGCCACAGCUAACAAGAGGCUGUCAUCGCCAUUGGCGGGACGCCCUGAUGCGAGUGUUAAUCGUGUCCAGUCGAUAAGCUCGAAUGAAGCCGUGCCCCCGGUUCCUCGAUUUAUUGGAUACCGUCAUUGGAGAGGCGCUCACGGUAGCGAAGUCAGUUUACUUAACAAUUCAGGAAGCAUGUUGGCUCUACAUUUGGGGCUGGAAAAUGAAAGCGAGAUGUACGAAGGUCCUUACGACGAGGAGCUGUGGCGUGCCAGUCAAGUCGUUGACGAAACCUACGUGGAGCCUCGACCCCAGCCAGAGGAAGCACGGACAAAACCCAAGAAGGGUGGCCUAGGAAGAUUGUGGAAGAUGAUGACGGGGAAGAAUACGCGGCGUUCCAAGUCUUCUGAGAUAAAUAACGGACUUCGGCCUCAGGCCAGUGACUACGACAUUCCUCUUGAUCCUCCACCUCCACUUUCAUACCUUGUAAGCCGAAAUGGAACUGAAAGACCCCCUCAGGGUCGGCAUGUCUCUACACCUCCCAUGCAAACCAUCGUACCCUUCUCUCACCCACGAUCUGCUACGGUGCCCUCUGCUGCACCGAAUCCCAACACCCCGUUAUCAGCACCCAGUUUAUACAUUCCUUCGCCAAGCACCCCAACAUCAGGUCGAUUCUCCCCUCGCACAAGCAUCAUCAGUGAGGAUCGUAGGCUUAGUACACCCAUUGAUGAGGUCGAAGUUUAUACAGAUGACUCUUAUCAUCGCCGUGAUGGCCAACGAGCAGUCCAUUCUGUGCACGGAUUGACGAAGCCACCUGAAAUCAACUUUCCUUAUGGACAGGAUUCGUGGCGAACUUUUGCCAGUAAUUCGCCUGCAUUGACCGUCAAAACAACUCGCACCCCACGAGCACCUUCCAUCUCAUCCAUUCAUAAAGACCUUCCUCCUAUUCCUGGUGAUCAAUUCCCUGUCACAAGAAGUCAACCAUCCUUACGGCCUGCGUCCGUUUCCGUUCCACCUCACACAGUGAGUACUCCCUGGGCAACAGAGGGACGUCGGCAAUCCGUUAGCGGUCCUCCUCGGGGUGCUCAGGUUCACGAUUUGGCUCCACCUCCAAUACUGUACCAUUAUGGCGUGGACGACUUCGGGAUGUCCACGCCGUCACUUGGUCGUUGGGAGGAUGAAGUCAGAAGACCAAGUCUCGUCCCUAUUUCGGAGAAGUCAUCCCGUCGCCGGAGUCGAUUUGCAAACAUUGCCUCCAUGUUUACGGGGUCGCAUCGCCGCUCAGUGGAACGGGAAGAUAAGCUGAGGGUGACUGCUGCCCGGGGUAUUGGUCUUGCCCCUAGCGACGGACAGCUCUACCCGCGGCAAAUGGGCCAACAACCAUUCGCCCUCCCUAUACAUCCCUCAUAUUCGGAAACGGCACUCAGGAACAGUUCUUCUUCUGCAGUGACGUUCCCUCGGACCUCCAAAGGCUCAUUAACAAGGUAUGCUGACCUUGUCCCCCAAGAAAGCGAGCUUUUGGCUCUAAGGUACACGACCGAAGAGGAGCGCGAGGAGUUAAUGCGUUAUCGUGGCACGCAGCAUGCACUGUAAAAUUAACCUUAGUUUCGUUAUCUUCGUGGACAUUGAAUCCAUUUGAGGUACAUUCAUUUAUCCUAGGCACUGCAAUCAUUUGGACUUUCGAGGUUUUGGUGAUCUCUUAUUCUUGUAACUGAAGUCAUUCUUCUGUUCAUUUCCCACUUUUUUUGCUUCAUCCUUUCAUGUCAUAUUUCCUCUGCUCCUUAUAUUUUUUCCGAAUUCUCCUCGUGCGUCUGCUCGUUACUACACUCAGUUUAUGAACUUAAGC